CUAGGAUGUGGCUCUUCCAUGUUCUGCUCUGCGCUACCAGCCUGGCUCCUCUGGGAGCCUUCACCGUGGAUGUGGCCUGGACCUGGGUGACUCCCGCGGGCGACGGGCCUUAUGUGCUCAGCUCCCUUUUGCACCAAGACCCCAGCAGCAACCAGACCUGGCUCCUGGUCACCAGCUCUGGAACCAAAAGGACAGCAGGGUCCCUACAUCGAUGUUUCCUCACCCAGCAUGAGAUUCUUUGCCAACCUGUAGAGCAUGUCUCCCUCCCAAAGGGGAGGCACCGGGGAGUGACAGUGGUCCGGAACCACCACGGGGUUUUGAUCUGCAUUCAGAUGGUGGGCCGGCGGCCCCACAGCCUCAGCUCAGAACUCACGGGCACCUGCAGCCUGCUGGCCCCUGACCUCAGUCCCCAGACCCAGGUCUCUUUCAACGACAUUGAAAAUCUCCUGGAUCCUGAGACACAUGUGGAUGCUGGAGACUGCUAUAGGAACAAAAAAGGCAGCACAGAGAAUCCAGCCAGGCAGCGCCGGGCUCUGAAGGCGGAGGAGGAGGAGGAGGAGGAGGUGGCGGAGGCGGAGGAGGAGGCAGGAGCUGGCACCGAGAUUGCCAUCAUCCUGGAUGGUUCAGGAAGCAUCGAUCCCCCAGACUUCCAGAGAGCCAAAGACUUCAUCUCUAACAUGAUGAGGAACGUCUACGAGAAGUGCUUCGAGUGCAGCUUUGCCCUGGUGCAGUACGGAGCGGUGAUCCAGACUGAGUUUGACCUUCGGUACAGCCAGGAUGUGAUGGCCUCCCUUGGCAGAGUCCAGAACAUCACUCAAGUGGGGAGUGUCACCAAGACCGCUUCCGCCAUGCAGCAUGUCCUAAACAGCAUCUUCUCGCCAAGCCACGGCUCUAGAAAAACCGCGUCCAAGGUCAUGGUGGUGCUCACCGAUGGGGACAUAUUCGAGGACACCCUCAACCUUACAACUGUCAUCAACUCUCCAAAGAUGCAAGGUGUUGAGCGCUUUGCCAUUGGGGUGGGGGAUGCAUUUAAGAAGGCGAAGACUGAGAGCGAACUGAAGCUGAUCGCCUCGGACCCCAAGGAGACCCAUGCCUUCAAGGUGACCAACUACGCGGCACUGGACGGGCUGCUGAGCCAACUCCAGCAGAGCAUCGUUCCUAUGGAAGGCACAGUCGGAGAAGCUCUCCACUACCAGCUGGCACAGGUCGGGUUCAGCGCCCAGAUGCUGGGUGAGGGCCAGGUGCUGCUCGGUGCUGUCGGGGCCUUUGACUGGUCGGGGGGCGUGUUGCUCUAUGACAUGCAAAGCCGCCGGGGCCACUUCCUAAACCAGACAGUGGUGGACACCAAGGCUGGAAAGCACAGCUACCUGGGUUAUUCGGUGGCCACGCUGCAUAAGACCUGUGGCCUCUCCUACGUGGCGGGGGCUCCACGGCACAGGCAUCGAGGGGCCGUGUUUGAAGUCCAGAAGGAGGGCAGAGAGACCAACUUCAUGCCGGUGCUGGAGGGAGAGCAGAUGGGGUCCUAUUUUGGCUCUGAACUGUGUCCUGUGGACAUCGACAUGGAUGGAACGACGGACUUCUUGCUGGUGGCUGCUCCGUUUUACCACGUUCACGGACAGGAAGGCAGAGUCUACGUGUACCGUGUGAAUAAGCAGGAUGGCUCCUUCUCCUUGGCAAGCACGCUGAGUGGGCAGCCUGGGUUCGCUGAUGCCCGAUUUGGCUUUGCCAUGGCAACAGUGGGGGAUAUCAGUCAAGAUAAGCUCACCGAUGUGGCCAUCGGGGCUCCGCUGGAGGGUUGGGGGGCAGAUGACGGCGCCAGCUUCGGCAGCGUGUACAUUUACAACGGACGCCGGGAUGGCCUUUCCAGCGGCCCCUCCCAGCGAAUCAGAGCCUCAGCGGUGGCCCCAGGACUCCACUACUUUGGCACGUCCGUGGAUGGUGGCUUAGAUUUGAAUGACGAUGGCCUUGAUGACAUCGCCGUGGGCACUCUUGGUCGGGCGGUUGUGCUUCGCUCAAGACCUGUGGUUCACCUGAAGGUGUCCAUGACCUUCACUCCCAAGGCGCUGCCCAUUGGCUUUAACAGCAGUGUGUAUGCAGUUUUGUGUUUUGAAAUCAACUCUGUGACUGCAGCUGCCAAGUCAGCCCUCAGAGGGACAUCUCUGAAUUUCACCUUGGAUGUGGACAUGAUGAAGCAGAGGAAGAGGCUGCAGUUUUUGGACAAGAGCACCCGGCAGAGUCACCUUUGGGAGUGGGGCAACGGGUCGCCUCUCUGUGAGCCCCUGCGGCUCGUGCUCAUGGAGGCAGAGCUCUGUGAAGAGGACUGCUUCUCCAACAUCAGUGUCAGCGUCAGCUACCAACUCCAGACCUCCAGGGCCCAGAGGAACCGUCCCCGCCCUGUCCUGGACUUCUACACUGAGCACUUCGCCGUCUUCCAGCUGCCCUACGAGAAGGCCUGCAAGAAUAAGCUGUUUUGUGUUGCGGACUUACAGCUGGCCACCACCACCUCCCAGCAGGAAUUGGUGGUGGGUAUCACAAAAGAGCUGACAAUGAACAUUCACCUAACGAAUUUUGGGGAAGAUUCCUACAUGACAAGCAUGGCUUUGAACUACCCCAGAAACUUACAGUUUAAGAGGAUUCAAAAGCCUCCUUCCCCAAACAUUCAGUGUGAUGACCCUAAGGCAACUGCUUCUGUCCUGGUCAUGAACUGCAAGAUUGGUCACCCCAUUCUCAGGAGGUCAUCUGCAAACUUUUCAGUAGUUUGGCAGCUAGAGAAGAAGGCCUUUCCAAAUAGGACAGCUGACAUCACUGUGACAAUCAAAAAUUCCAAUAAAGAAAGGUCUUUGGUCAGCAAGACCCACAGCCUUCAAUUCAGGCAUGCCUUCAUUGCCGUUCUUCCCAAACCAUCAGUGAUGUACAUGAACACCAGCCAGGGGCUUUCAGACCACAAAGAAUUCCUCUUCAAUAUACAUGGGGAAAAUUUCUUUGAAGCCGAAUUCCAACUACAAAUCUGUGUUCCAAUCAAAUUACAAGGUCUCCAGCUUGUCAGAGUGAAAAACCUGACAAAGACUCAGGCUAACACUGUGUGCACGCAGAGUCAGGAGCGCGCUUGUGGGAGCGAUCCCAACCCGCGCGUGCAGGAAUGGCAUUCAGUGAGCUGUGCCAUCACUUCGGAUAAAGAAAAUGUGACGGUGGCUGCGGAGCUCUCCGUGAGCCAGUCUAAGCAGAUCCUAAGAGAUGUAACUGAACUACAGAUCCUUGGUGAAAUUUCUUUCAACAAAUCUCUAUAUGAGGGGCUGAAUGCAGAGAACCACAAAACUAAGGUCACUGUCAUCUUUCUGAAAGAGGAGGAGUACCUUUCUUUGCCUGUCAUCAUUGGGAGCAGUGUUGCUGGCCUUCUGGUUUUGAUUGUGAUUAUAAUCAUCCUUUUCAAGUGUGGCUUUUUUAAGAGAAAAUACCGACAACUGAACCUGGAGAGCAUAAGGAAGGCCCAGCUGAAAUCAGAGAAUCUGCUCACAGAAGGUGAGGACCAGCCUCAUCCACUGGGAGGGAAUAUCAGCCAGUCCUUGAACUCUAGAGACGUGGUGUCGUACUGAUGACCUGUUCCUUUAGGGUGAUCCCGAGCAGAAUCUAAGAAAUUGUAGAAUGGUGUUCUUUAAUAAUACAUUGUCCCCAAAGUGUCUGUACAUUGUGAAAAAAAUAAACUUGGGAAAG